AUGUCUGAAAUCGGUGAAUUCCAACAAGUUGUCAUUAACGGACAUAUCAUGUCAGUGAACGAGCAUGUCGUGUCAGUGAACGGACAUAUCAUGUCAGUGAACGGGCAUGUCAUGUUAGUGAACGGGCAUGUCGUGUCAGUGAACGGACAUAUCAUGUCAGUGAACGGGCAUGUCAUGUCAGUGAACGGACAUAUCAUGUCAGUGAACGAGCAUGUCGUGUCAGUGAACGGACAUGUCGUGUCAGUGAACGGACAUAUCAUGUCAGUGAUCAGAGACAUAUCAUGUCAGUGA